UUUCUUAUUGAAGCUUGAUGAAUAUCUUAUAAUGUUUUGAAUCAAAAUUUCAAAAGCUUUUCAAGGGUUUCAAAUCUCAAAAGUUAAUUUCAAUGUUUCUUAAAAACAAAACAACUUCUUUUGUUUUUUUCUUGGAAAGCUGAGAAAGUUUUUGAUUUUAUGUUCCCUUGAAAUCCUCACCCGCUUCCAAAAGCAUCAAGAAAGCUAUUGCUUUAACAAUCUGUUAAAAUUCGCUGUCAUCUUCUACAUGGAAAUUUUUUAAAAGUCCUUAUCAAGGUUUAAUGGAGUUUGAUUGUGAUAAUCUAUACUUGGAAGAAGAUUAAACGACCAUAAUACAUCUUCUGCAUUUAUAUAUCCAUUCUGGGAUGCCAAUUUUAUAUGACAUGAUUUUGGUAGCACAUGAUCAUUGAGCAGUACAUGGAAAGUAAGAUUUGCUUGCAGGAGUGGAUGGAUUCACCAGGUUCGGUCUCGGUUUCGGAUGAUAACCCGUCGAGAAGCUUCGACUGUAACAUCUGCCUCGACUCAGUGCAGGAUCCGGUGGUCACAUUUUGUGGUCACCUGUUUUGUUGGCCUUGCAUCUAUAAAUGGCUUUCCACUGGAAACCAAGACCAGAAACAACACCAAUGUCCUGUAUGCAAAGCUGAAGUUUCGGAUACCACACUGAUUCCACUUUACGGCAGGGGCAGCGUAACAAGCAAGGAGUCGAGACCAAAGGCUUCGCAAUUCGGCAUGGUCAUACCGAAGAGACCUCCUGGUCCAACCAAUGGCGUCGGCACGAUACAAGGAUCCCCAAAUACUACCGAUCAUCAUGGAUAUUCAUAUCAACCUCAAGCCUACUUCCCUCCACUGGAUAGUUAUCCAGAUUCACCGAUGUUUAGUCCCGGUGGGACACCUAUAAACGUACCUGAUCCAGUCAUCCGAAUGUUCGGUGAAAUGGUAUACACGAGAGUAUUCGGGAACUCAGUUACCAACUUCUAUACAUACCCAAAUUCGUACAAUCUAACAAGGAGUACUAGUCCUAGGAUUAGAAGGCACGUAAUGCAAGCCGAUAAAUCGCUCGGCAGAAUAAGUUUUUUCCUCUUCUGUUGCAUAUUCCUUUGCCUUCUUUUGUUCUGAUCAUCAUCCUCGGCUCCCACUUCCCAUUUCGUAGAACCCUGUAUAGCCAGAUUGAAUACAUACAAAUACGAAAACCGUAUGUACCGAUACAUACUGAUAUGCCGCGACAUCAUGUGUAAACUAUAAGUCAUGUUCUACCUCCAAAACCAUUUCUUGCAGGAUGUAGAGAGGUUUAAUGCAUUGAAAUAAUGAAAUUGUCCCAUCUCUUUCAUGUUUUCUAUGGCAUUAAAGUCAAUGAAAUGUACUUACAAAGAUGAGAUUAGAUCAUCAUUUGGGAUAACAUUACUUCUUAUAUAUAUAAAUCCUGUUUUAAGUCCA